AUGGAUUCAGAAUCAGAUGAAGAUUUAAAAACCAAAAUACAUGAACUUUCAUUAGAACUUGAAAAGAGAAGUUUAAAAAAUUAUCAAAAUUAUCAAGAUAGAAUAAGUUCCACGUUAAAUUCAGCUGGUGAAACAGAAGUGGAUCAUGAAGAAGAUCAUGAAGAGGAUUUUGAUGAAGUAGAAACUUUAGGAUCAGAGGAUGAUGACGUUGUUGCAAGAUUGGUAAAUUCUAAAAACAUUAUGUUAUCAUACCAACUUAUUAAAAAAGACAUAUCCAAUUACUACAAAUAUGUCCCAAUUCCUCGAGAUACUGAUAUUGAAACUUGGAAAAAUUAUAUAAAUAUCUUGUUUAAUCAUUAUCCCAAUUUAAUGGAUGCUGAUAAAAAAAUUCAUUAUUUAUAUUCAGCUAAAUCAAACCAAUAUAAAGAAAUCAAAGAAGCAAUAAAAGCUGCAUUUAUAGAUCAUUUAGAAAAGUUAGAAACUGACAAAAACCUUUAUAAAAUGUUCAAAGUUUCUGGUUUGGAAAAUACAUCAUUAGAUGGAUUCAUUGAGUAUUUAAAUGGUAGGUCAGUUCUAUCAUAUGCUCAAGAUAUCAAAAGAUAUUUUGAUUUAAAAAUCGAGUUUUUUUCCAAACCACAUAGUUACAACCAAAUCAUCAACUUCCACAACAACUUUCAAAAAAAUACUAAACUCAACAAAUUCAUGAAUAAACUUGAUGAAGUACAUUUCCAUUUAUACAAGUCAUUACAAAAUGAUUUAACUAACAAAAGAAAAUAUUUACAACUUUUGUCCGACUUGUUACAUAAAUCAAUAUGUAAUCAAGAUUCGGGCAAAUCUUUUUCAAUCCCUGGUAUUAAAUAUUUCACCUGCAUCAAUUCAGAUAUUUUACCAUCAAAUGAUAGUUGUUUAACAUUUUCAAAUAAUUCAUCAAAUUCAUCAAAUUCAUCAGUUGAUUUUAAUUUUCUUUUACAAAAUGUCAACAACAAUAAUAAUAAAAGCAAUCAUUCUUCAUAUUCCAAUAGAGCAAGAACCAACCAUUCACAAUCAACAUCAGCUCCAAGAGGUCGACCAAGCAUACCACUUCAAAUCACCGACUCAUAUUUGAAAAAGAGGCAAAAUGAAUCUUCAGUCUUUUCAUCGACUACAAAUAAUGCAUAUUCAAAAAGAGUAAGAAGAUGA